AAUUACUCAAAUUUCAUUCCAAUAUUUUGUAUAUAUAAAUACAUGUGAAGAGUGUUUUACUCACAAGAAGUAGUAAGAUAAAUAUGAAGAAUCCCAUUCCCAUAUCUAUUAAUAAUAAUGAUAUUGAUAUUGAUCUUGAUAAACUUCCUAAAACCAAAGGAUGGUUAGGCUCUUCUGUUCUUUCUCUUUACCAAGGUUAUUGGUGUCCUUCUAGAAUAAUUCCAAACAUCAAGCUCUUCCAAACACACUUUCAACCUCAAAGCCAAGACAUCAUUUUAGCAUCAUCUCCAAAAUCAGGCACAACAUGGCUCAAAGCUCUCCUCUUCUCCAUUGCCAACCGCUCUCGCUACACCCUUUCAAACACUCCCUUACUCACUUCCAAUCCACAUCAACUCCUACCCUUUCUCGAGUUCAAUCUCUAUGCCGAGGCCAAGGCCCCUCAUGACCUUGGCCCCGAUGCUCCAGUCACCACACCGCGCCUCUUCUCCACACACCUUCCCCACAUAUUGUUGCCCGAGUCGGUCAUCAAGAGUUCAGAAUGUCGUAUUGUCUACAUUUGUAGAAACCCUCUCGACACGAUUGUCUCAUUCUGGCAUUUCGCCACUAGAGAUCGUGUCGAGAGCCAGUCACAAUGGAUGAUAAAGGACUAUGUGGACAAGUUUUGUCUAGGCGAACAAGGGUUUGGGCCCUUUUGGGAUCAUGUGUUGGGAUAUUGGAAGGAGAGUUUGGAGAAGCCGGAAAAAGUAUUGUUUUUAAAGUACGAAGAUUUGAAGGAAGAUAUUGAAGUUCAUGUGAAGAAGAUUGGUGAGUUCAUAGGGUGUCCUUUUUCUGAGGAGGAAGAGAAGAAAGGGGUUAUUGGUGAAAUAUCACAGCUUUGUAGUUUGAAGAAUUUGAGUGAUUUAGAAGUGAACAAAAGUGGCAAGUUCAUGCCAAAUUUUGACAACAAAAGUUACUUUCGAAAAGGACAAGUUGGAGAUUGGGUUAACCAUCUUAGUCCCUCCAUGGCACAACACAUUAUUGAAAUUAUUGACAAAAAGCUUGGUGGUUCUGGCUUAGAAUUUAUAUAUUAACUGUGAUUUGAAUGAAACAUCAAAAAUCUGGGUGAUUUUUAUUUAAUUAGUUACUGUUAUUACUAUUAGCUUGUUGUAUUGGAAGACUUAUUAAUGUUUUUAAUGCUUUUGGCUUUGCUUUUUAUUAUGCUGAAUUUGAGUGUAUUAUUUAUUGUGU